CCCCCUCCCCGGGACCGACCAGCCCGAACUGCCUCCGGGAGGGGGAGGGGGACCAGGGCCCGGAUCCUCCUCCUUUCCACCACCACCACCACCACCUCCUCCUCUGUCCAUCCUUCUUCCCCCUGUCCAUCCAUCCGUGCCCCCUCCUCGGCCCACCGGCUUCCCACCACGGCCUCUCUCGGCGAGGAAACUCUGGCCUCCGCCUCCUCCUCCUCCGACUCGGACGCCGGCGGAGCCUCCCCGCCCCCGCGGAAGAAAGCCCGAGCCUCGGCGGCGGAGGGAGCAGGAGAGCCCGGGGCUUCGACGGGCAGAGCAGGCCUCUCCCCCCCGUCCUCCUCCUCCUCCACCUCCUCCUCCUCCUCCUCCUCCGUGGUGGUAGUGGUGGGACUCCCCGCGGCUGCUGCUGCCGCCUCCCCUGCCGCCGCCGCCCUCCACCGAAGCGGCGGCCCCAGCCUGGUCGGCGGCACCAUGCAGGCCAACGGGGCAGGAGGAGGAGGAGGAGGAGGAGGAGGCCCAGGCCCAGGCCCGGCCCAGCCCCAAGAGCUGGCCUGCCUCUCGGCCCACAACGGGGAAUCCUCCUCGUCCCCCACCGGGGGGGACCUGGCCCACGCCAACGGGCUGCCCCCCGCCCCCAACAACAGCAACAAUCUCACUGUCAAUAACGGGGUGGCCAACAACGCCGCCCCCUCCUCCUCCUCCUCCUCCUCCUCCUCUUCCUCCGUCUCCCCCAACAACAACAACAACGCCGCCGCCCCCUCCUCCUCCCCCUCCUCGGCCGCAGCCGCCGCCGCCGCCGCCUCGGACCUGGGCAGCAGCCUGAAGAAGAAGAAGCGGCUCUCCCAGUCGGAUGAGGAUGUCAUUAGGCUGAUAGGACAGCACUUGCAUGGCCUGGGCCUCAACCAGACUGUUGAUCUCCUCAUGCAAGAGUCAGGAUGUCGUUUAGAACAUCCUUCUGCUACCAAAUUCCGCAAUCAUGUCAUGGAAGGAGACUGGGAUAAGGCUGAAAACGACCUGAAUGAGCUUAAGUCUUUAGUGCAUUCUCCUCACGCUAUUGUGGUAAGAGGCGCACUUGAAAUCUCUCAAACCUUGUUGGGAAUAAUUGUGGACUGUAGUAGUAGCUGCCCGAUUUUGUACACUGCCCUGCAAGGACUAUUCAAAAGGAUGAAGUUUUUGCUGCUGCAGCAGAAGUACCUAGAAUACCUGGAGGACGGCAAAGUCCUAGAGGCCCUUCAAGUUCUCCGCUGCGAAUUGACACCCUUGAAAUACAAUACAGAACGCAUUCACGUCCUCAGUGGUUAUUUGAUGUGUAGCCAUGCAGAAGAUCUACGUGCAAAAGCAGAAUGGGAAGGGAAAGGGACAGCUUCCCGAUCCAAACUUCUGGACAAACUCCAGACCUAUUUACCACCAUCAGUGAUGCUUCCCCCAAGGCGUUUACAGACUCUGCUACGUCAGGCUGUGGAGCUUCAGAGGGAUCGGUGCCUAUACCACAAUACCAAACUUGAUAAUAACCUCGAUUCCGUGUCGCUGCUUAUAGAUCACGUUUGUAGUAGGAAACAAUUUCCAUGUUAUACACAGCAAAUACUUACAGAGCACUGUAAUGAAGUGUGGUUCUGUAAAUUCUCAAAUGAUGGCACUAAACUAGCAACAGGAUCAAAGGAUACAACUGUUAUUAUAUGGCAGGUUGAUCCGGAUACACACCAGCUAAAACUGCUCAAGACAUUAGAAGGACAUGCGUAUGGUGUUUCUUACAUUGCUUGGAGUCCGGAUGACAACUAUCUGGUUGCCUGCGGCCCCGAUGACUGCUCUGAGCUCUGGCUCUGGAAUGUACAAACAGGAGAGCUAAGGACAAAGAUGAGCCAGUCUCACGAAGACAGUUUAACCAGUGUGGCUUGGAAUCCAGAUGGGAAACGUUUUGUAACUGGAGGGCAGCGUGGGCAGUUCUAUCAGUGUGAUUUAGAUGGUAAUCUCCUUGACUCCUGGGAAGGGGUGAGAGUGCAAUGCCUUUGGUGUUUGAGUGAUGGGAAGACAGUUCUGGCAUCAGAUACACACCAGCGCAUUCGGGGUUAUAACUUCGAGGACCUUACAGAUAGGAACAUAGUACAAGAAGAUCACCCUAUUAUGUCAUUUACUAUUUCAAAAAAUGGCCGAUUAGCUUUGUUAAAUGUAGCAACUCAGGGAGUUCAUUUAUGGGACUUGCAAGACAGAGUUUUAGUGAGAAAGUAUCAAGGUGUUACACAAGGGUUUUACACAAUUCACUCGUGUUUUGGAGGCCAUAAUGAAGACUUCAUCGCUAGUGGCAGUGAAGAUCAUAAAGUGUACAUCUGGCACAAACGUAGUGAGCUGCCAAUUGCAGAGCUGACUGGGCACACACGUACAGUUAACUGUGUGAGCUGGAACCCACAGAUCCCAUCCAUGAUGGCCAGCGCCUCCGACGACGGCACUGUUAGAAUAUGGGGACCAGCACCUUUUGUAGACAACCAGGAUAUUGAAGAGGAAUGCAGUAGCAUGGAUAGUUGAUGGCGAAUUCGGAACAGACGACUUCUGUUUAACUUAAAAUUAGUCGUAUUUUAAAUGGCUUGGGAUUUGGUGCAAACAAACAUGAUUGAUAGCUGGACAGACAUGCUCAUCAUGAAAAAAAAAAAAGAACCAUUUCUGAAGCCCGAUUGGGGCCAAACAUUUACCACCUUGCUUCAUAGUAACCAGUUGAGAUGAAGCACGUCGUUAGAACGUUGUUGGACACCGUGUUGAAUUCCCCCCUCCCCCCCAUCGGUUGUGAAGAACUGUGCUACAUUCAGGCUACCCAUUGAACUCAGUAUAUAUAUUUUUUCCCUCCUGCCUUUUUGUCUGGCAGGCUACCAUUCUUGUUGCUCUUCUGUGUAAUGAAGUUUAAAUGCUUGUUUGGAAAACUUUAUUUAACAGUUUAGAAGGCUUGAUAGAAAGAGUGCUUUAGUCCGAAGAGUAUACAUUGGAUAGGAAAGUAUUUCCUUCUCUUGUUUCUCUGAAUCUCUCCGCCUUAUUUAGCUUGAGAUCUUUGCAGCUUGGUUCAUGGAUUCUAGCCUUGCCCGUUGCGCAGUAUCAACUGCUCCAGAUGAUAAACCAGUGAACUAUGUCAAAAGCACUCUCAAUAUCACAUUUGACAAAAAGUUUUGUACUUUUCACAAAGCUUGUUGCCCCUUAAAAGGGUUAACAGCACAAUUUUUUUUAAAUAAAUUAAGAAGUAUUUAUAGGAUUAAAGUGACUUCAUUUGUAUACAUUUGGAACUUAAACCAGCUUAAAAAGUGUCAUCUACAAUUUAGAUAUGCAGUAUAACUAAUGCUCUUCUGGAGUACCAUACAAGACCCAGUCAGAAGCAGUGCUUGGAAAGACUUUCACACAGGCAAUUCAGAGUAGUUUGGUUUUUGUGGGUUUUUCUUUUUAAUUUUAUUUUGGUGUGUUUUGUUUAACAAACCUCAUCCCUCAUCAAUGAAAUUGGAGAGUCAAAAGUACCCAAAAAUGUACCACUAUGAGGAAAUUAAGGGGGCAGUCAGUUUGGAGUUACAGAAACAUAUGUUUUGAUUAGUCCUCACUCAAGUCAUUCUUUCAAACACUAGAACAGAUUUGAACCAGGGACUAUUACAAGUAAUUACAAUUACACCUACACAGUUUAUAGCCUCACCUGGUUCCUCUUUGCCUUCAUACGUGUAGCUGUAUUUUCCUUAACACUUUGCCCAACAGGAACACACAGCUUUUGAGACUAUUCCCUUUGAAGUUGACAUUUUAAAUAUAUACUGGGCUUCUUGCUGAACUGGUGCUCUGGAUAGUCUUAACUACCCUCUCCCCCAGUACCCCCACUCCCAACCUCCCAACCACCACCAC